AUGGAAAAUUCAGUUGAACAACGAAUUUGUUUGAAAUUUUGUGUUUUGAACGAAAUUUCAUGUGUUGAAGCAUUGAAAAUCGUGCAGAAAGCUUACGGGGACUCUUCUAUGUCUCGAACACAGGCAUACGAGUGGUAUAAAUCAUUCAAAGAGGGUCGUGGAGUAAUCGAAGAUUUGCCAUCAACAUCAAAUACUGAAGAAAACGUGCCAAAAAUCAAGAAAAUUGUGCUAGAAGAUCGUCGUAUGACUGAAAGGGAGAUUGCUCGUGACUUAAAUAUCUCAUAUGGAUCCGUUCAUCACAUUCUACGUAAUAUAUUGGGGAUGACACGCGUUGCAGCUCGACUUGUACCGAAACACCUUGAUUUUUUGCAAAAAGAAUAUGAUUUUUGA